AUGAAUCUGACAGAAACCACCGGGCUCGUCUCGCACUCGGCGCGGAACUUUCCUGAGUCUUCCCCGCGCUCCCCCCGCGCGGUCCCGAGUACCCGCGGUUUCGGGGGCUCGCACGGGCUCGCGCCGAGCUCCUGGGAGGCGUCCUCGGGGCGUGAAGGGGACCCGGGGGGUCUGGAGGACUGGGACCGCAGCUCCCCUCGCGGCCGAGGCGGGCGGUCUGGACCCCGGGAGGUGCCUGCGGCGGCGGCGGUGGGACCGGUUCCCGCGCAGCAGCCGAGCCCGCCGCUUCCCUUCGCCGCCCGAGCCCUCAGCCCCGGCGCCGGGAGGCCCCGGCGCGGCGCCGGGAGGGUCCCCUCAGCCCUCCGUCAGCCGGGCCGCGUCCGCUGCCGGGCUCAGCCCGGGGUGGCUGUCGAGCUCGCCGCCUACCUGGAGGGAGCACGGGCCGCGUCCACCGCGCGCUGCCGAGAGCGCGGAGCCGGCGCAGCGAGCGCCUCGCAGGAGCCCCGAGCCCCGAGCCCGGAGCCGCCGGCCACACCCAGCCCCGCGCCUCCCAGCAGCAACUCCGCGCGCGCCGGGCCGGGCGGGGCGGGGCCGUAUCGGGGGCGCGCAGACCCUCGGAGCGCGCGGCCGGGGCGGGGGCGCAGGGGGCGCAGGGGGCGCAGGGGGCGCAGGGGGCGCAGGGGGCGCAGGGGGCGCAGGGGGCGCAGGGGGCGCAGGGGGCGCAGGGGGCGCGCGGCUUCUGCUUCCCGCUUUCCGUCUCGUUUCCUGCCGCAGGGACAAGAACGUCCACUCCGCGGUUUCGUUUUCUCGGCGUGCGGCGCCCGAGCCCGCCGCUGAGCAGCGCCCGUCUGAGCGGCGCG